UGAAUCAGAAUGAAAUAAACGAAACUCAAUUGAUUAGCAGAAACGGUAAAAAAAAGUGGUUAAUUGGAGUAAUUUGGCAUAAAGCAGCAGCGCAUUUUGAGCCAAAACUCUCUCGGCGUGCCCCGCAGUUGAAAACGGUUUUACGAGUAGCCCGCGACGAACAGCAGCAACAGCAAAAAACAGAAAAGAUGUCCUCGCUAUCCGCAUCGGCGGAAAAUGUGUCCACAAUGGGAAUUGGCAGUGGACCCGAUUCCAAUUCGCAUCAUGGAUCCGAUGGUGGCUCAAGCAUGUGCCUGGAACUGGCGUUGGAGGGUGAGCGUCUCUGCAAAGCGGGCGAUUGUCGGGCGGGCGUUGCCUUCUUUCAGGCAGCCAUCCAAGCGGGCACCGACGAUCUGCGCACCCUUUCCGCCAUCUACUCGCAGCUGGGCAACGCCUACUUCUAUUUGGGUGACUAUGCCAAGGCGAUGCAGUAUCACAAGCAUGAUUUAACACUAGCCAAAUCGAUGAACGACAAACUGGGCGAGGCCAAAUCCUCGGGCAAUCUGGGCAAUACUCUGAAAGUCAUGGGCCGCUUCGAUGAGGCGGCCAUUUGUUGUGAACGACAUUUGACCCUCGCUCGCCAACUGGGUGAUCGUCUGUCCGAGGGACGUGCCCUCUACAAUCUGGGCAAUGUCUACCAUGCAAAGGGCAAACAUCUUGGCCAACGUAAUCCGGGCAAGUUUGGCGACGAUGUCAAGGAGGCAUUGGCCAAGGCAGUUGAAUUCUAUCAGGAGAAUCUGCAGCUGAUGCGCGAUUUGGGUGAUCGUGGAGCGCAGGGACGCGCCUGUGGCAAUCUGGGCAACACAUACUAUUUGCUCGGCGAUUUCCAGGCUGCCAUUGAGCAUCAUCAGGAGCGUUUGCGCAUCGCGCGUGAAUUUGGGGAUCGGGCUGCCGAGCGUCGAGCGAACAGCAAUUUGGGCAAUUCGCAUAUUUUCCUCGGCCAGUUCGAGGAUGCCGCCGAGCAUUAUAAGCGCACACUGGCCCUGGCCAUGGAGUUGGGGGAACGUGAAGUGGAGGCGCAAUCCUGCUACAGUCUGGGCAACACUUAUACGCUGCUGCACGAGUUCACCACAGCCAUUGAGUAUCAUCAUCGGCAUCUGGCCAUUGCCCAGGAGCUGGGCGAUCGCAUUGGCGAGGCGCGUGCCUGUUGGUCGCUUGGCAAUGCCCAUUCAGCGAUUGGGAACAAUGAGAAGGCGCUCCAGUUUGCCGACUCACAUCUGCAGCUGGCCAAAGAGCUGCGCGAUCCCGUUGGCGAGAGCACGGCUCGUGUGAACAUUUCGGACUUGCGCAAGCUGCUCGGCUUGCCGGAGGCGGAGCAUACGCCCACACAGGAGGAGGAACGCUCCACUGCCUCAGAUCACUCGGCCAGUGGUCAUCAAUCAGACAGCUCAGAGAACUCGCAGACUCGCAUGGUACGCGUUCGUCGCCAGAGCAUGGAGCAAUUGGAUCUGAUCAAGAUCACGCCGGAUGGCAAGCGUUUGCAGGAGGAGAAGAACAAGGCGACAACGGCCGCCCACACAAAAGCCAAAGAGGAUGAUUUCUUUGAGAUGCUCUCUCGAUCGCAAUCCAAGCGCAUGGACGAUCAGCGCUGCUCGAUCAAAAUCAGCAGUGGAGCAGCUGGUGGGGCAGCAGCGACUGGCGCCACACGCAAGCCGUUGGUGCAGCAAAAUUCGCUGUUUGUCGACCCCACCAAUUUGCCGGGUCUGAAGUCGCCGUCGUCGACGGUGGCGCCGAGCAGUGGACAUGCACCACUGACGCGCAGUGCGACGACCACUCAACAACCGGAUGAUGCGUUCCUCGAUAUGCUGAUGCGUUGUCAGGGCUCACGUUUGGAGGAGCAACGCUCCGAGUUGCCACGUGCACACGUUACAAUGGAUGUGGAGGCGCCACAGCUGCAGGCGCCCGUGGCAGCCGCCGCGACUAGGAGCAGCGGCACCACCGUGCCCGACGAAGAUUUCUUCUCGCUCAUCAUGAAAGUGCAGAGUGGCCGCAUGGAGGAUCAGCGUGCUUCGAUACCCUUCGGCGGCUUUAGCAAUGCUCAGCGUAAUGCGCGCAACAACAAUAAUAAUAACAACAACAACAAUAACAACAAUGCUGGCCGAGGUGGUGGUGCAAGUGGUGCGGCUGCCUCCAAGUAAACGCUGUCCCAAAUUUCUGUCCACGUUUUUUUUUGCUGGCAGCUGCUCUUUUAUCAUCAUUUUGUUAUACAUCGCGUACAUUUGGGCCAUUUGGGCCGUUCUUGGCUAAGAUUUAUUUUAUAAGAUUUAUAUACAUUGAAAUUGAAACAGUUUUUGUUUUAGCAACUAAACAAGUAACCAAAUAUUUAUAUUGUUUGGGUUAUGAACUGUGCCCAAAUCGUGUGCAUCGCUGCUCUUCCACAUUUCGAUGCAUUUGUUUAUUACUCAUACCAACACCCAUAAUCGCACACACCCACAACAUAAACAACAUUUACAUAAGAUAAUACAUAAAUAUGCAAUUAUACAGAUAUACAAAGCUAUACUAAUAUGAUAUUGACUUAUUUCUCGAGCAUGCUUCUUAAAUGUCCACACACAAUUUUAAAGAUAUUAAUGUUUGAAUUGCAUGUAACUAGUUGUUAAGUCAAAAAUAGUCCAAAAAUAUCGCAUUAGAAUGCAGCAUAAUCGAUUAUAUACAGUGAUCGCUAGAAAAAUGCAUCUUGCAGUAAUUCAAAUCUAUGUGUUUUAAUCAAUCUAAAAUGUUUUGUUUUAUAUCUUUUAAAAUAUGGAAUGAUUCGAUUUUUAUAUAUAUAUUUUUUUAUUGUAUAUAAAUGAUAGAUUUACGGAAAUUUGUAUAACUAACACAAAUCGAAAUCGAAACUGGUUUCAUUUUCUAGCGAUCACUGCUCUUUUGCUAUUCUUAUUGAGAUAAUCGCGACUUUUUCCAAUUGUAAUAACUCUUUAAAACUCUAAACAAAUCCAACAAACUACUUUCAUCCAGAUAAGCAAUUGCAUUUUCAAAUACUUUCCAAUUGUAACAAUGAGUAUUGCAUUUUUCUAUUGAAACAUUUCUCUCGAAUAUACUAAAGAAAUUUACAUAUAUUGUAUGAAUUGAUGUAUUUCUUUUUUUCGAGAUAUUGACGGUAUGCUUGGAGACUGCUCUUUGAGAUCCGGCGCCGUUUUAGCAUAUAGCCUAAUAUACACAUAUACAUAUACAAAUACAUAUACACAUACACGGAUAUAUAAUUAUCUAUAUACAAAGAAAAACAGAUCGAUGAUGAUCAAUUGAUUGAUUUAUUGAUGAAGUGAAAGCCAAAUUUAUGAAUGUUAUUAAUGAAUGUAUAUUGAGAAUGAUAAUUGGAAUCAGAUCAGAUGAGUACGUAACGUAUUAUUAAUUAUUAAAAUCAAACUUGUUUGCUGACAA